CUGGCAGACCUGGGAAGGAGUAGGCGCCAUUGCCAGAAGGAUUAUUGCCAGGGGAGAGGAGAGAAAAGGGAGGGGGGGCGGAGGGGGGAGAGAGAGGAGACCCCGAGGCUCCCUUGGAAGCGGGAGGCGUUGCUUUCCCUCCCGCCGCCGGGGGAUGUGCCCGGGCUGAGCGGGGCUCGGCUCCCUCCCGCCGCUCCGUCCGCCCCCCCUCCCCAGCUCUCCUCCUCCUCCUCCUCCUCCUCCCCCCAUCCAGCAGCAUGCAUCCCUCUGUGCGGAGCCCGGCCGCCGCCACCUCCAGCCCUGCCAUGCUGCUGCUGCUCCUGUGCCUAGGCUGGGUGCCGCCGGGCUGGGGCUGGUCGCGGGGCAGCACCCGGGGGGCGGCCGGGAUGCCCCCCAACGCCACCACGCCGAUCUCCAUCAUGGGUUUGAUGCCGCUCAGCCAGUCCGAGGAGGACCAGAAGAGCAGGAUCGGUCGGGGGGUGCUGCCCGCCGUGCAGCUGGCCAUGGAUCAGAUCCGCAACGAGUCCCUGCUCAACCCCUAUUUCCUGGACCUGCGCCUCUACGACACGGAGUGUGACAAUGCAAAAGGACUCAAAGCCUUCUAUGAUGCAAUAAAAUAUGGACCUAAUCACCUGAUGGUUUUUGGUGGUGUGUGUGCAACUGUUACCUCUAUCAUUGCCGAAUCUCUAAAAGGAUGGAAUUUGGUUCAGCUUUCAUUUGCAGCAACAACCCCAGAGCUGGCUGACAAGAAAAAAUAUCCUUAUUUCUUCCGGACAGUGCCAUCUGAUAAUGCAGUGAAUCCAGCAAUUUUGAAGUUACUCAAGUAUUACCAGUGGAAGAGAGUGGGAACUUUAACCCAGGAUGUACAAAGAUUCUCUGAGGUAAGGAAUGAUCUGACUGGUGUCCUGUAUGGUGAAGAUAUCGAAAUUUCAGAUACUGAGAGUUUCUCCAAUGACCCUUGCACGAGCGUAAAGAAGCUAAAGGGUAAUGACGUUCGGAUAAUCCUUGGCCAGUUUGAUGAGGAAAUGGCUGUGAAAGUUUUCUGCUGUGCAUAUGUUGAAGAAAUGUAUGGCAGCAAGUAUCAGUGGAUUAUUCCAGGGUGGUAUGAAAACCUUUGGUGGGAAUCCUGGAUUAAUGCAUCACAGUGUCUCAGCAAAAAUCUUCUUGCAGCCAUGGAAGGUUAUAUUGGAGUGGAUUUUGAGCCUCUCAGUUCAAAAAUGAAUAAGACCAUAUCAGGAAGGACUCCACAACAAUAUGAAAGGGAAUACAAUGCUAAGCGUGGUGAUGGACAAUCCAGCAAAUUUCAUGGUUAUGCCUAUGAUGGAAUAUGGGUGAUUGCCAAGACCCUGCAGCGGGCAAUGAAGUAUCUCAAUGCCACCAACAAGCACCAAAAAAUUGAAGAUUUUAAUUAUACAAAUCACAAACUUGGCAAAAUUUUUCUGGAUGCUAUGAAUGAAACAAACUUCUUUGGAGUAACGGGUCAAGUUGUUUUCAGGAAUGGAGAGAGGAUGGGAACCAUCAAAUUUACGCAGUUCCAAGAAAGAAAGGAAGUGAAGGUGGGAGAGUAUAAUGCUGUAGCUGACACACUGGAAAUAAUCAACAACAGCAUCAGGUUCCAAGGACUUGAACCUCCAAAGGACAAAACAAUUAUACAAGAGGAGCUACGCAAGAUCUCUCUACCACUCUACAGCAUCCUUUCAGCCCUCACAAUCCUAGGAAUGAUAAUGGCCAGUGCUUUCCUAUUUUUCAACAUCAAAAACAGGAAUCAGAAAUUAAUAAAGAUGUCCAGUCCGUACAUGAACAACCUUAUUAUCCUUGGAGGAAUGCUUUCUUAUGCAUCUAUUUUUCUUUUUGGUCUUGAUGGAUCCUUUGUCUCUGAAAAGACAUUUGAAACACUUUGCACAGUCCGAACAUGGAUUCUUACAGUGGGAUAUACAACUGCAUUUGGAGCAAUGUUUGCAAAAACGUGGAGAGUUCAUGCCAUUUUCAAAAAUGUAAAAAUGAAGAAAAAGAUCAUUAAAGACCAGAAGCUAAUGGUGAUAGUUGGAGGGAUGCUACUGAUUGAUCUUUGCAUCUUGAUUUGCUGGCAGGUUGUGGACCCUUUAAGAAGGACAGUGGAAAAGUAUAACAUGGAGCCGGACCCUGCAGGCAGAGACAUCUCCAUCCGACCUAUCCUGGAGCACUGCGAGAACACUCACAUGACAAUUUGGCUUGGGAUUGUCUACGCAUAUAAAGGGCUCCUGAUGUUAUUUGGUUGUUUCUUAGCCUGGGAGACACGAAAUGUCAGCAUUCCUGCUUUGAACGAUAGCAAAUACAUCGGAAUGAGUGUAUACAAUGUCGGGAUAAUGUGCAUUAUUGGUGCUGCUGUUUCAUUUCUUACUCGGGACCAACCCAACGUUCAGUUCUGCAUUGUUGCUCUAGUCAUAAUUUUCUGCAGUACCAUUACUCUCUGCCUCGUCUUUGUACCUAAGCUCAUCACACUGAGGACAAAUCCAGAUGCAGCCACACAGAACAGACGAUUUCAGUUCACUCAAAAUCAAAAGAAAGAAGACUCAAAAACAUCAACGUCAGUCACCAGCGUCAAUCAGGCCAGCACAUCUCGGCUAGAAGGACUGCAGUCAGAGAACCACCGCUUGAGAAUGAAAAUUACAGAGCUGGACAAAGACCUAGAAGAGGUCACAAUGCAGCUUCAGGACACACCUGAGAAAACAACAUACAUUAAGCAGAACCACUAUCAGGAUCUCAAUGACAUUCUCAGUAUACGGAACUUUACAGACAGCAAAGAUGGAGAGAAAGCAAUCUUGAAAAAUCAUCUUGAUCAAAAUCCACCAGCACAAUGGGGCACAUCAGACCCUUCCAGAACAAGCAAAGAUCCUAUAGAAGACAUCAACUCUCCAGAUCACAUACAGCGUCGGCUGUCCUUGCAGCUGCCCAUCCUCCACCACGCCUACCUGCCCUCCAUAGGAGGAGUUGACGCAAGCUGUGCCAGCCCCUGCGUAAGCCCCAGUGCCAGUCCUCGGCACAGGCACGUGCCACCCUCCUUCCGAGUGAUGGUGUCUGGGCUGUAGGAAGGGGAGAUCAGUGCUUCCUGAACUGCUUUUAAGUACUCAAAGACUGGUCUAAACAUCCAACAUAGAACUCUGCUACAAGCAUGUGACAUUGGCUCUGAGCACAGAGAAACUACUGCUGAGGCCACCGCCACAGGAGUGCCAGGGUAGCUCAUGUGGGAAGGAGGAGGAGGAGGACGCGAGGAGCUUGAUCUGUAGCCUUAUUCAUGGAAUUUUUAUUUCUUCACCUAGAAGUCACUGAAAACAUUUCUUCCCAAAUUUCUACUAGCAACAGGGAGGCUGGGAAAUACGAAUCUUGCAAAAAAGACUCCAGGAAAAACACUCAAAUGUCACUGAGCUUUACGUGGCUGCUGAGAACAUGCAAUUCUAUACUGUAUCCAUGUAAGGAAAAAUACAGCGAUUGAGCUAUAACGUAUUUAUUGAAAUAGAUACACUCAUUUUUACAAGAGUUGUGUCAAAUUGCUGGAAACAUUCUGCACUGGUUAGUCUUGCUCGUUUUCAUUUCAGGGAUGGUGUUCUGUAGGAAAGAAGGAAUGUGAGAAAUGGUUCCUCGGGUGCCAUUGAGACUGCAGGGUCACCUCUAACUAACAACGGUACAGGAAGCCCGAGCAGGGGCUGAAGUUACAACAGGAGGGAGCUGCUGAUGGAUUCACAGCACUUUGCCCUUCUCCAGGGAUGGUGGCAGCCACUGCUGGCCAUCAGCAGCUUCGGUUUAGCAAGCACCACCAACUGCAAUGUACUAACCUGCCUGGAGAAGUCCUCAGGCUGAGGACAGCUGGGUAGUAAAGUCUUAAUGUCACAGGAUGGAUUGUUUUUCAUAGUUUGUUUAAAUUAUGUCACAAAUAAUUACAAUAAAAAUAAUUUAGCGGACUGGGGGUGGGGGGAUUAGGGCACAGCACUUUGCAGCUGCAGGCAAUGCCUGCAGAGCACAUAGAUGUGGCCAUACACUAUGUUUGCUUCGUACCUGCGUGUGUGACAGUCGUGGUGGACAACAGAGUAGACAGAUCAAAUUUACCAAUUGAAUAUUUUAUUCGAAUCUUCAAAGGCCGGGGGGGGGGGAAGGGGGGAGGCGGGGAAGGGAAGGGACGGAAAAAAAGAAUAAAAAUCAAAUACAACUCAGAAGCGUGGUUUUUACUCUUUAGCUCCAUCCCCUGAACUGAAGUAAUUGGGAGGAAUAAUAGUGGCGCACCAUCUGGACCAGCUCUGGAGCUGAGCCUUCAGGCACAGGUGAGGUCCACAUGCAGCUUCUUUUUCCAAGAAACUGGAAAUGUGGCAUCUCCCUGCUGGGGCUGCUUGCUAGGAGCAGGAGGGUAAUACCCGAAGCACCCACUGGGCUCUCAGUCCUCUUUGACCAAUGCCUGUGCACCUCAGACCAGACCUUGGGAAUGACAUUUCUACAAAGGUUUACAAAUUAACUAUGGCUAAAGCACAGCUGAAAAGGUCCAUUAGCUGAGGGACUUAACUGCAGCUCAAAAGAGCUGGCAUAAAUCUCCAUUGAAAAUAGAAUGCACCUCAUAGUGGCCAAAACCGAUGUGAAUAUAUAUCCGAAUCUUACAAUCAGGAGCAUCACAAAAUGUUUCACUUGGCACAUACAGUAAGAGAGGUUAUGGAAAUAUCUGUAGCUUUUAGAACAAAAACAUGUAAGUAUAAACACAGAUAAAAUAGAACUCAUUACUCUGUUCAAGCACUAAACACUGACGUUGUCACUCAAUGUGUGUUGACAGUAUUCUCUUGCUUUAUUAAUAUCAUCAGGGCCUGGUUUAUUUUAAAAGGAAUGUUAAUUUUUAAAAAGAGGAAAAAAAAUACAAUACUGUAUAUAAUGUAUACACAAAGAUCUCUGUAGAAAUAUUAUUCCAACUUAGCAGGAAAAAAAAAAUCAGAAGUAUCGGACCAUUGGAGGUGAGUGUGUGUGUGUGUCUGUAACUUCGUGAAUACUGACUGUGUGACGUUUAUUAGGUUUAAACCAUGCGGUACAUUCUUUGUCUCAAUGAUACUGUAGUUUCUCCCAUAACAUUUUGGUUUUAUUUUAUUUUAUUUUUUUUACUUUACUGCAGAUAACAAGACCAACCAAGUGAAUAUAGCUAUUUAAUGUUUCUGUUCUUUUAUACUGCAGCAAAAAUGUACUGUAAAUUUAUGAAGAGGCUGUGCCCCAAUGGCAUUUUCCAAUGAUGUUAGUGCACAAAUGCUUUAAACUAGACUGGAACUGCCAGAAUAAAAUGUAAAUGAAGAAUUUCUUGUAUAACCUUAUACUGCAUGAGAUCAAUUUUUAAUAAAUUGUUGCAAAUCUGUUUUUAUGAAUAAAAUAUAGAAAACCUA